UUGGCCACAGUUUUCUGUGUAGCUCCGCCCCUUCUGCGCACAGCCGCUUGCUCAGGUGUCUCCGAACUGGUCCCACUUGAGUGCAGGAGGCGGCGGUAGCUGGUAGCUUUAGUCGACUGUAACUGGAGCGUUGCUUUCCCCUUAGGUCUACUCGCACCGGAGGAUCGGCUGAAUGGCAGACAUGGAGGAGACGGGCGGUGUAAGUGCGUACGGAGCUGCGCUCGCAGGAGGAGGCUUCGACUUUUACAAGUUUAUCCGCCAGCCUCAGACCAUCGUGCGCUUUCUCAGCUGGAUUUUUGCCAUGGUGGUGUUUGCCUGUAUCACAGGAGAGGGCUACGUCAACACCCCCUACGACGCUGAAGCCAAAUGCAUCUUCAAUCACAACGACUCAGCGUGUCAUUAUGCAGUCGGUAUCGGGGUGAUUGCUUUCCUGGCAUGUGUGGCCUUCCUCGUGUUGGACGUUUACGUGCCUUUUAUGAGCAACGCAGAGGAGAGGAAGUUUGCUGUCAUUGCUGACCUGGGAUUCUCAGGAGUGUGGACCUUCCUGUGGUUUGUGUGUUUCUGCCUGUUGGCCAGUCAGUGGAGUAAAACUCCCGAUGACCACUCAAUCCCCAAAGACGCCGCACGUGCCAGUAUCGCUUUCUCGUUCUUCUCUAUCGCCACCUGGGGAAUCCUAACAUACUUCGCUCUGGGUCGUUUCCGCCAUGGUAUAAAGGAUGUUGCCAUCCCUACCUACACGGAGACGGUGCCGGAUAUUGCCACCCCUUAUCCUCCAACCUAUGCCCCCACCUCCUACAAUCCCACUACUUACACCCCCACCACUUAUACAGCCUAUCCCAGCAAUUUGCCUGACAUCCAACAGCAACCUCCUCUCGCCCAAAACCUCCCGCCCAAGGUAGAUGCCGGCUACCAGCCGCCCGGCUACUGAGACAGGGGAGGUCACAUGGGCCAGGUGGUGUUUGUCUGUCGGUGGACUGACUGCAGUUGCACUGCACACCCGCAGAACUAUAUCAUAUUGAUGUGGUUUCACGCUGAUUUAACGAUGUCAGAUUUGAGAGCCUGAGCAGUGCAACUCCAUGUUAGAGAAGAGGAACACUGCUGUUUACGUCGGUGGGUCUGUGAUCAGGUCUUAAGACAUCAGGCUGACUGCUGAGAUUAGUGCUGAUGAUUGGGUAAUCUGACCUUAGACCCCUGUGCAAAGAUGCAACUUUUACCUCAAAUGAGCAGAUCCUGGAGGUAGAAGAGGGUCACAAAACGUGACGUUAUGAAGAAUGCUUAUGACAGCCGCAAGUGGAAGAGGCCGGCAUUUAAUGUGUUGCUCGUGAAUCUGUUGGAACUUGAGGAUAUGCAUUUAUACAAACAAUUCACAAGUAAAACUGCCAUUUUCAUGGUUGUAUGUGCCUGAUUAUAUUUUCUUAUUUGGUCAUACGUUUUGUUUUGUUUGUUCAAUUUAUUAAUCCUGUGGAGAUGCAACUAGUUUACGAGGUAUUAAUUUAAUUAGCAAAUGCGAGUUGACUGUUAGUGUGAAAAACUACUGUAAAGCCAAAUUCUGACGGAGUUGUAUUUUGUGAAACUUGGGAGUCUACAUACAACCAUAAAAUUAUCUAUCCAUAAAUUUAUUCUUUUCCAUGUUUACUAACUGUAAGGACCCUGAAUUUAAUCAAGUCUGACUGAGGCAAAUACAGCAGAUUUGUGUUUGUAAAAAAUUGGUUAAAUGUUUCCAGCCUGCAGCAGCGUUCAUUGGACUUUGAUCCCACCUUUAAGAUAGAGAAGAGGGAGGAGACUCCACACAACUAUGCAUUCAUUGAACAGAUUUACCAUAUCCUAAUACAGACGAGUAAUUUAUUAACUGCCAUUUACAAUGCUUUCUUGCUAGCCUGUGAACAGAUCAGCCUCACACUUCCUCCAAGGUCUCAGUGACAUUUUGUUUCCUCAACACUGAUUAUUAUCUGCUUCUCGGUGUACACUGUGGGAGAGGAAAUAGACCCAGUGUGUUAGUAUAGUUACAGAAUAAGUGCUUAAUUUGCAACAUGUGCAUCCACCACAUACACUUAGAAAAUCUGGGGUUUUGCAAUGUUGCUUUGUGCCCAACAGUUAAAUGUUUGCUGGUUUUUAAUCUCAGCUGUUGUCGAUCUGAUUACACUCAAAACUUGGCCUGGCAUCAGUUUUGGCGUGGGUGUGCAAACUCUGAAUUGUCAGUUGGAUGGGCUCAUACUCACUAAACAUUGUUCUUAUGCUUCUGCUUUUAUAUCCGUGGAUGGGGAAUAAGGUUUGUUCCUUUAAAAAUGUGCAUAAAUUACUGAAGCCAACUGUAUGAAAACAUUGCUUAUUUAUCAUUUGUGCAUCAAAGGGAGAAAUUUGAAUGAAAUAUGUAAGAUGGUGAAUGAUAGUAAAUUGUGCCAUGAUUAAAUCUUGAAGUUAUUUUAAGGUUAAGCAGCUGUGCAUCACAGCUGCCCUCACUGCUGUGCGUGAAUGAUUUUUGUUCAUUUCCAUACUGUGGAAAGUCCUGAAAUCAAAACUGGCAGCCUGUAGUUGUCAGUGAAAGGAGCUUGAAAUGAUUCAGCUAUAUUUUUCUUCAAUAUUAUUUCCUGUUUGCAGCUUCAAAAGUAAGCCAUAUCUGCCUCAGUGAAAAAAAUGUAAAGUGAUUAUUUGCUGCACAUAUCAAGUACAAAGUAUCCUGCAUUUAUGCUUUUGCUUAAACGUUAAUCACAAUUGGGUUAACGCACAUAGGUUCAUGUUUUAGAUGUGAGACUGGAUUGAUUUGCAUGGUCUGCAAGUUUUAUAAACACUGGUCAAAUUGUGCUUGGUUCAUUGGUUUUUCUAUCAUUUCCAGUUUUGUUUUUGACCAAGUUCAGUUUGUUCUUUUGCCUUCAUGUCAACAUCACAGAUGCACAACUGUUGAAUA